AUGGCUGAUGGUUUGAAGAGGAAAACUCGAUAUAUCAAGACUUCGUUGCUAGUCAAACUUGAGAUAUCUAGUUUUCCACUUCAACCCAUCAUCCAUUCGCAAACUUGCCAAUGCAAUGUGGGACGUCGUUGUUUACUGGCAAAACGACUCGGAAAACCCGCAUUGGAUAUAAUCGCAGCGUACGGAGUGCUUCAGGGAUUUUGGAAUGGAGUUUACACUGUUUGA